AUGAUACUUGAUCCAUUACAACUUGUUAACCCGAAUCUGAAUUGUUCUCGGACAAUUCGGCUCGACUUUUUCCGAGAAACAGAUUUGCCCGAAUACCCGCUGUUCUUUAUCGAGACAGCCGAUCAUGCAAUUCUGGAUCCUCGUCAGUCGUGUUCAGUCGAGUCGGCGCUUCGCAACUCGGGCCGAAAUCCAAUUAUUCUGAUGUCAUCACCGAUCUUGAAGCCAGCAGACAGUAACGCGACUUGCCAGCUUUUGAGAUACGGGGUCAAGUUCUUCAAGUAUAACUUUGUUGAUUUUGUCAAAGGAACACCGCUUGAAAAUCUUGUGUAUGAAGAGCUGGAAAGAAAUAAAGACGUUAUUACACAUGCUAGUGACAUGAUGCGACAGGUUUCAGUUUACAAAUACGGCGGAAUGUAUUUGGAUCUAGACUUCGUUAUUCUCAGAGAUCUGACUGGGAUUCGAAACUCAGUCACCAUGACCAAUAUGGCUCGUGAAUAUGAGUCAGUGAAAAACAACAGCGAGUUUUGCGACCCCAAAGGACCCAGUGAAAAAGGUCAUAUUCAAAACGCAUUCGUGGCUUUGGAUAAAGGUCACCAACUUCCGUGGAAAAUCAUGGAAAAUUUGGUCAAAACUUACAACGGCGACAAAAACAGAGCAGCGACUGGGCCUUUGCUGUUGACGCACUCCAUUGAAGAGCUUUAUCAUAUCAGCUCGAAAGAGUUGAGAGGCUUCAAAAAUGAAAAUUUAACAAUUUUGCCGACCUUCAAGUUCUUUACGACUGGAGCUAAUAGAGUGGGAACCAUCUUCAACACACGAAAAGAACGAAGUUCGGUCGAAUGGGAUGAAUUCUUCAGUUGUUCAUACGCUGUCCACUUUUAUUCAUACAAUACCAAGAAAUUGAAAGUCAGUCGAAAUCCAAAAACGGAUACCUACUCCUAUUUGGCGCCAAAACAUUGCCCAAUAUCAUACUUGUCGCAAAAACAAUUCUGA